GCGGCGCAGCACCGACGCACGAUGAUUUCUCUCUCUGUGGGAAUUUACCAGCCGUGUUCCGGGGACGCUCCUGCCUUCUGAGGCUGCUAAUAAGCAGAGCAUACAUGGCGACGGAGGAGGAGGAUAGCAGCGCAGCGCUCCCUGCGACCGACACCAAGAAAGCAGGAGAUAACGGGGCUUGUAUUGACAGGCAGCCGGACACGGUGGUCCAUCAGGCGGGGCUGAGUCGGACCCGCAGCGGUCCCGGAGCUCACUCUGUGACGGGGAUCCGAGUGCUGAAGCGCAAUAUGAAGCGUAAUGGGAGCCGAAGCUGCGUGACGAGAAAAAACAGAUUUGGUUCACGAGAGAGAGACUGGCUAAAGGGGGACACCCAACGAGGCUGUGUGUGUCUUUAUGGCGGUACUGUAGACCCCCAGCCACCUGCCUCCGGCACACAGGCCUCCUCCACUCCUCAGACAGACCUGCAGUUGGUGCUCUGCUCCACCAGCACCACCGUGGAAGAACUCUGCGCUCAAAGAAACGGACAGGGACUCUAUGUUCAGCUGCACGGAGACCUUGUCAGGAGGCUGGACCCCCUUGAGCGUCCCCUCCAGAUGGUUUAUGACUACCUGACGACAAUGGGUUAUACCGACCCAGUGCGAGUGCAGCAUGAAGCGGCCAACUCGGACCUCAGCUGCAUGAUUCGUUUCUACAGCGAGAGGCCAGUGAAUGCAGAUCAUCAGGAGCGGACCAUGUUGAAGGGUGUGUUCAACGUCAGAAAGGGCAAGACACAGCUACACAAGUGGGCAGAGCGACAGGUUAUCCUCUGCGGCACGUGUUUAAUAGUGGCCUCAGUGAAAGAUAGUCUGGCGGGGAAGAUGCACAUUCUACCCCUGGUGGGUGGAAAGGUUGAGGAGGUGAAGCGCAGGCAACACUGUCUGAUGUUCAGCUCCGCCGGAUCUCGAGAGCAAACUUACUUUGUUAAUUUCGACACACUGGCCGACUACCAGCGAUGGCACCGACAGGCAUCAAAAGUGGUCUCUCAGACAGUGAACCUGGUGGAUCUGUCCUGCUAUAGCCUGGAAACGGUGCCUGAAUAUCUGUUUUACUGUCAGGAUCUCACUCACCUCAACCUGCGGCACAACUUUAUGAGGUUGCAGGGACCUGGAAGCCUACUCAACCUUCCCAGGUAACCAAUCAUCGACCAUCACAGCUUUUAUAGUCAACCAGAGUGGAUCCAUCAUGUGCAACAUGGCACGUUUCUGAAGCGUCCUAGACGCGCCAGCUCCUGAUAUAGGUGGCUAUUUAGUUUUUGUUGCUUGCUGCUCCAACUCUACAUCAAUUAGAGUAGAGCGGUAGUUGAUGAGAAACGAAGUGGGUCCUGUCAAGUUUACAAGUUAAAGACAAUAUGUGUAAUUUGUUAUUUUUUUGUAAUCCUGUUCAUACAGUAACAUAAGAAUCAUUAGCAUUAAAUAAAAAAACAACAACAACAUAGAAAUAGAUUGAUCCAGAUAAAAAAUAUAUGAUUGUAUAAGAGCAGGCAAAAGAAACACUUAUUCUCUUUAAAGCCUACAAGUACACUACUGUAGCGUGAUGAUACAAGGAAUAGGAUGUAUGUGCCGCUUCCACAUCCAGUGGAAACCAGGAAGUAAUAUCCAUAAAUUUUAUAUUAGAUGUUUAGACAUUCCAGGUGGAGAAACCAUUAUAAUUAUUGUUUUACCAAAGUACUAUAUAUUUAAGCACAGUUCAUCUUAAACCUUUUUGGAAGUACCAACAUAGUUUAGAUUUAGUUUUAACAGAUACCACCUUAGAAAAAAGCUUGUAGCUUGUUUUGCAUAUUUGCAUAUCUGCCAACUAAUUUCCUUUUACUCCUAUAUGUGAUGGUAUCCAUGUAAAAAUAACUA